AUGUCCUCGCCCAUUCCCUCAGACUCCGCAGCCAACCUACGGUUCGGGGACAGUGACGAAGAAGACGUCGAGUCUGACCCCGAGCAGCACACUGGAGAUUAUUCCCAUUACUCUCAGCAAAUGGAGGAUCUCUUUGAUGAAAGUGACGAUGAAGACCAACCACCGCCUGGGGAUGGCCAAGAUGGAAGUGACGAUGAGGACGGUGGUUUCGUCUACACCGGAAUAGACGCCCCAGAUAUCUCCGUUUCGUAUGACGAGCAGCUCCGGGAUGUCCUUGACCUUGAACCUCCAGAGGACACGCCAAAGGAGGUCCAAGAAGCUGAAGAGUCUAUGGUUGUCGAAGACGAUCAUGAGCCCCUGGCAAGUCUCGUCUUUCUGGAUCGAAUUAUUCGAAUCUAA